AUGGCAUCGACGUAUGAUGUCGGCACGAAGGCCUGGCAGCCUGAUGCUGCCGAAGGCUGGGUAGCCUCGGAGCUGAUCCGCAAGACGGUGGAUGGCGGAAAGGCUAGCCUUGUCUUCCAGCUCGAAAACGGCGAAGAGAAAACUAUCACGGUGCCCGAGGAGGCGCUCGUCACCGGCAAAAGCGACGCUCUUCCUCCCCUGAUGAACCCUAGCAUGCUUGAAGCCAGCGAUGACCUUACCAACCUCUCCCAUCUGAACGAGCCUGCCGUCCUCCAAGCUAUCCGUCUGCGAUACCUGCAAAAAGAGAUUUACACAUACAGUGGUAUCGUCCUGAUUGCCACAAAUCCCUUUGCACGAGUCGACUCGCUAUAUGUCCCGGGCAUGGUCCAGGUUUACGCUGGAAAGCAGAGGGCCACCCAGGCACCUCACCUCUUCGCUAUUGCAGAGGAAGCCUUCAUCUUGCGAAACAGAGAUAUGCUCCGUGACAAGAAGAACCAGACAAUUGUCGUGUCUGGCGAGUCUGGUGCCGGAAAGACUGUCAGUGCCAAGUACAUUAUGCGCUACUUCGCGACUCGAGGGCCCCCAGACAGCAGCUCCAGCGGACGGACGAAACGAGGUGCCGAGACGAUGAGCGAGACCGAGGAGCAGAUUUUGGCUACCAACCCCAUCAUGGAGGCCUUCGGUAACGCCAAGACUACAAGAAACGAUAACUCGUCACGAUUUGGAAAGUAUAUUGAAAUCAUGUUUGAUGACAAGACCAACAUCAUCGGCGCCAAGAUCCGCACCUACCUGCUCGAGCGUUCUCGUCUCGUCUUCCAGCCUCUCAAGGAGCGCAACUACCACAUCUUCUACCAACUCGUUGCGGGGGCCUCAGAUGCCGAGCGCGAAGAACUCAAUAUCCUCCCCAUUGAGCAGUACGACUACCUCAACCAGGGUCAGUCGCCAACCAUCGAGGGCGUCGACGACAAAGCCGAAUUUGAGGCUACCAAAAAGUCCCUGACUACGGUUGGGGUUUCUGAGGACCAACAGAGUGACAUUUUUAGAAUUCUGGCCGGUCUCCUGCAUCUCGGAAACGUCAAGAUCACCGCCUCGCGCAACGACAGUGUUCUUGCCCCCACCGAGCCAUCCCUGGAAAAGGCAUGCAGCAUACUUGGCGUCGACGCUACCGAGUUCGCUAAGUGGAUUGUGAAGAAGCAGCUUGUCACCCGUGGCGAGAAGAUCACCUCCAACCUGACACAGACCCAGGCUCUUGUUGUGCGAGACUCGGUUGCCAAAUUCAUUUACUCGAGUCUCUUCGACUGGCUCGUCGAUGUCAUCAACCACAGCCUUGCCACCGAUGAUAUCCUGAACCGCGUGUCUUCCUUUAUAGGUGUUCUUGAUAUCUACGGUUUCGAGCACUUUGCCAAGAACUCAUUUGAGCAGUUCUGUAUCAACUACGCCAACGAGAAGCUACAGCAGGAGUUCAACCAGCACGUCUUCAAGCUCGAACAGGAGGAGUACCUCAGGGAGCAGAUCGACUGGACCUUCAUCGAUUUCUCCGACAACCAGCCCUGCAUUGACCUCAUUGAGGGCAAGAUGGGCGUCCUGUCACUGCUUGAUGAAGAGUCGCGCCUGCCCAUGGGUUCCGACGAGCAGUUCGCCAUGAAGCUCCACCAAAACUUCGGUAGCACCGGCAAGAACAAGUUCUUCAAGAAACCUCGCUUUGGCAAGUCUGCCUUCACCGUCUGCCACUAUGCUGUUGAUGUUACCUACGAGUCGGAAGGUUUCAUCGACAAGAAUCGUGAUACCGUCCCCGACGAGCACAUGGCUGUUCUCCGCAAUAGCAGCAACGGCUUCCUCAAACACGUCUUGGAGGCCGCUGCCGCUGUACGCGAGAAGGAUGUUGCAUCCGCAACCUCUUCCAGCGCCACCAGGCCUGCUGGUGGCAGGAAGAUUGGCGUGGCUGUUAAUCGCAAGCCUACGCUUGGUGGAAUCUUCAGGUCGUCGCUUAUUGAGCUGAUGAACACAAUCAACAGCACCGAUGUCCACUACAUCCGCUGCAUCAAGCCCAAUGAAGCCAAGGAGGCCUGGCAGUUUGAGGGCCCCAUGGUCCUGAGCCAGCUGCGUGCUUGUGGUGUCCUCGAGACGGUGCGAAUUAGUUGCGCUGGUUACCCUACCCGCUGGACCUACGAGGAGUUUGCUCUACGCUACUACAUGCUUGUGCACUCGACUUCCUGGACUGCCGAGAUCCGCAAGAUGGCCGAUGUCAUCCUGACCCAAGCCCUGGGAACCAGCUCCGAGAAGGGCAUGGACAAAUACCAGCUUGGUCUGACUAAGAUCUUCUUCCGUGCUGGUAUGCUCGCCUUCCUCGAGAACCUCCGUACCAACCGCCUGAACGAGUGUGCCAUUCUCAUCCAGAAGAAUCUGCGUGCCAAGUACUACCGCCGUCGCUUCCUGGAUGCCCGUGAGGCCAUCGUCCUCACCCAGGCCGCCGUCAGGGCCUUCCUCGCCAGGAGGCAGGCCCAGGAGCUGCGUACCGUUAAAGCUGCUACUACCAUCCAGCGCAUCUGGCGUGGCGAAAAGCAACGCAAAAAAUACCAGACUAUCCGGAAUGACAUGAUUCUGUUUGAGUCGAUUGCCAAGGGCUACCUUCGCAGAAGAGAGAUCAUGGAGACGAGGAUGGGCAAUGCCGCCGUCAUCAUCCAGCGCGCCUGGAGGACGCGCCAAUCCAUGCAGUCGUGGAGGUCGUACCGCCGCAAGGUCUGUCUCGUCCAGAGCCUCUGGCGUGGCAAGCAGGCACGUCGCGGAUAUAAGAAGGUCCGUGAGGAGGCCCGCGAUCUCAAGCAGAUCUCCUACAAGCUGGAGAACAAGGUGGUCGAGCUUACACAGGCUCUCGGGUCCAUGAAGGAGAAGAACAAGAACCUUGUCUCGCAGGUCGACAACUACGAGAACCAGAUCAAGUCGUGGAAGAGUCGUCACAAUGCUCUCGAGGCUAGGACUAAGGAGCUGCAGACUGAGGCCAACCAGGCAGGUAUCGCUGUGGCUCGUCUUGAGGCCAUGGACGAUGAGAUGAAGAAGCUGCAGCAGGCCUUUGAUGAGUCAACGGCGAACAUCAAGAGAAUGCAGGUGGAGGAGAGGGAACUCAGGGAGUCGCUCCGCCUGUCGAGCACAGAGUUGGAGGAUGCUAAGCGGAUCAGCUCCCAGCACGAGAAGGAUAAUGGCAACCUGAGGCAGGAGCUCGAUGCCCUUCGCGACGCUCUCGAGCUCGCCAGGAGGAACGCACCAGUCAACGGCGAGGGUGCCAACGGAGCCGCCGCUGCCGCCCCGGCCACGAGCGGUCUCAUCAACCUGGUCGCCUCCAAGAAGGCCAAGCGCCGUAGUGCCGGUGCCGAGCACCGCGAGCUGGACCGCUUCAGCGGAGCCUACAACCCUCGUCCCGUGUCCAUGGCCGUUACAGGCACGGCCCACCGUCAGAACCUGUCGGGCACCACCUUCAUCCCCGGCGUCGAUAACAUUGAGGCCGAGCUAGAGAGUCUGCUCGCCGAUGAGGACGGUCUCAACGAGGAGCUAACUAUGGGUCUGAUCCGCAAUUUGAAGAUCCCCUCACCCAGUACGACGCCGCCGCCGUCGGACAAGGAGGUUCUAUUCCCAUCGUACCUCAUCAACCUGGUGACAUCGGAGAUGUGGAACAAUGGCUUCGUCAAGGAGUCUGAGCGCUUCCUGGCCAACGUAAUGCAAUCGAUCCAGCAGGAGGUGAUGCAGCACGACGGCGAGGAGGCCGUUAACCCUGGUGCCUUCUGGCUGUCUAACGUCCACGAGAUGCUCUCAUUCGUCUUCCUAGCUGAGGACUGGUACGAAGCCCAGAAGUCGGACAACUACGAGUACGACCGCCUUCUGGAGAUUGUUAAGCAUGACCUCGAGUCCCUCGAAUUUAACAUCUAUCAUACCUGGAUGAAGGUUCUCAAGAAGAAGCUGCACAAGAUGAUCAUCCCCGCCAUCAUCGAGUCGCAGUCGCUGCCCGGUUUCAUCACUAACGAGAGCAGCCGCUUCUUAGGCAAGCUCCUCCAGUCCAACUCUCAGCCCGCUUACAGCAUGGACAACCUGUUGAGCCUGCUAAACAACGUCUUCCGCGCCAUGAAGGCCUACUACCUCGAGGAUUCCAUCAUCACCCAGACUGUCACCGAGCUCCUCCGUUUGGUCGGUGUUACAGCCUUCAACGACCUACUCAUGCGCCGUAACUUCCUCUCGUGGAAGCGCGGUCUGCAGAUCAACUACAACAUUACGCGUAUCGAGGAGUGGUGCAAGAGCCACGACAUGCCUGAGGGCACUCUUCAGCUCGAGCAUCUUAUGCAAGCUACCAAGCUGCUACAACUCAAGAAGGCUACUCUCAACGAUAUUGAGAUUAUUCAGGAUAUUUGCUGGAUGCUCUCCCCCAGUCAAAUUCAGAAGCUACUGAACCAGUACCUCGUGGCCGACUACGAACAGCCUAUCAACGGCGAGAUCAUGAAGGCUGUCGCCUCGCGUGUCACCGAGAAGAGCGACGUGCUCCUGCUCCAGGCUGUCGACAUGGAGGACAGUGGCCCGUACGAGAUUGCGGAGCCCCGUUCCAUAACCGCACUCGAAACAUAUACCCCGUCUUGGCUGCAAACCCCUCGUCUAAAGAGGCUCGCAGAGAUUGUCUCUGCCCAGGCCAUUGCUCAGCAAGAGAAGCUCGAGAAUGGCGACAGCUUCGAUGGCCGCGAGAGCCUGCCUGAGGUGGAAGAGGAUGAGCCGGAGGAGUAG